GAUACAUUCAACAACACAAACCAACACCAGCAAACAUGUCCACCACUCCACUUGCUCCCUUCAAGCACUUUGCUACGGACGCCAUCCACGCUGGCCAGGAAGCCGACUCUGUGACUGGCGCCGUCGUUGUGCCGCUCAGCCUCGCGACGACCUACAAGCAGGACGCCCCUGCCCAGCACCGCGGAUUCGAGUACUCGCGCAGUGGCAACCCGACUCGCAACGCGUACGAGGCGUGCAUUGCCAAGCUCGAGGUCGCCAACCACGGCUUUGCUUUCUCGUCUGGUCUUGCGGCCACCGCUACCAUCACCCACCUCCUCGCGGCCGGCGACCACCUCAUCUGCAUGAACGACGUCUAUGGUGGCACCAACCGCUACUUUAACAAGGUUGCCACCCGCGACGGCAUCCAGGUCUCGAUGGUCGACCUCAACAACGAGCAGGCUCUUCGCGCGGCCAUCAAGCCAAACACCAAGCUCGUCUGGAUUGAGAGCCCCACCAACCCCACCCUCAAGCUGGUCGACAUUGCUGCCGUCUCUAAGAUUGUCCACGAACACGCUGGCAUUAUCGUUGUUGUCGACAACACCUUCAUGUCGUCGUACUUCCAACGCCCGCUCACUCUUGGCGCGGACAUUGUCAUGCACUCUGUCACCAAGUACAUGAACGGCCACUCUGAUGCUGUCUUUGGCGUUGUCUGCUGCCGCGACGAUGCUAUUGCCGAGCGUCUUCGCUACUACCAGAACUCGAUUGGCGGUGUCCCCUCGCCGUUCGACUGCUACCUCGCUCUUCGUGGUGUCAAGACGCUUGCUGUGCGCAUGAAGGCACACAUGAGCAACGCGCUCGCCAUCGCCAAGUUCCUCGAAAACUCGGACCGCGUCGAUGAAGUUAUCUACCCUGGUCUUCCUUCCCACCCCCAGCACGAGCUCGCCAACCGUCAAUGCUCUGGCUACACUGGCGUUGUCAGCUUCCGCAUCAAGGGCGACAUGACCACUUCCAAGAAGUUCUUUGAGAAGAUCCACCUGUUUACCCUUGCCGAGAGUCUUGGCGCUGUUGAGAGCUUGGCCGAGCUUCCCGCCAUCAUGACCCACGCCAGUGUCAGCGCCGAGGAGCGCGCCAAGCUCGGCAUUUCGGACACGCUCAUCCGCCUGUCUGUCGGCAUUGAGGAUGAGGAGGACUUGGUUGAGGAUCUCCGUGCCGCUCUUGCUUACGCUGUUUCGGACGAGCUCGCCAAGAAGCCCAAGCAAAAGUUUGUUGCCACCGCCUAAAGCCGCACUGCACUUCUUGUGGUUUUUGUUUCUGUGUGUGUUUUUGUAAUUUCUUGGUGUUCCAAACACAAUUCUGCCAUUGAUACUAGUACAAUGCAUUCAGUGUGAAA